AUGCUUAGUAAGGAUUUUGAUCAACAAUUAGAGUAUCAAGCGCAGCAAACAUUUCGAUCGGAUGCAUCUAGUUUACAGGUAGAUGAUGUUCUCGAGCCGAUUUUUAUCAAGAGUGAAUUAUCCUGGAGGUUUGAGAGAAAUACAAGGAUUAACCAUUUGGUGGUGUCAAAUAAUGUUUUUAUUUUACAUCUAAAUGAGAAAACGCUACAACGACGAUGUCCCGAUGAAGUCCCAAAAGACGCGAAAGUCACCUCGACGUAUCAAGAUGCACAGAUACCCGAUGUUAUUAGUAAAGUCUUUCUCGAUCCCUUUGGCCGUAUAGUGCUUGUCUCAACGCGUGACAAACGUGACAUAUAUGUGCUCGUCUCUUCACCGAAUUCGUUGAAACUGAACAAGAAGCCGAUUCGACUAGGAACCAACUCGUCAUUUGUUCUCGCAUCGGUAACUUGGUGUAAUCGGUUUAUACAAACUCAAAAUGAUGUCGUGGCACUUCUUGCCGGACAAGACGGACGUAUUUUCGAAGUACUAAUUCGUAACGAUGGUGAAUUAUUAUUCUCGACUGAAGUCUACCCGAGUUUCAAAUCGAUUAUGGAUUCCAUUGCUGACUCAGUAACAGGUAUCUAUUGCGAUGUCAAAUCGGCAUAUGAAGACAAUAGCAAUGUAUUUGUCGUUAUCACAACGCAAAAAGCUUUGUACUAUUUCGAGCAGCAGAUUGAUCCAUCGCGUAAAUCGGAUUAUUUCACCUCAUUUUUUUCGUUCUUUCGCGAUGCUUCACUGCCUGAUUUAAAAUAUCGCGAAUUUCCCGGUGGUACGGCUCAGAGUGAAAUUCAACUAUUUAUUAAACGAAAAUCGGAAACGAAACAAUUGUUGUACAGACAAUUCGCAUGGAUAACUGGUGCUGGACUUUUCUAUACUGAAAUCGAUCCGAAUAAUGUACAAAAGUCGUUUCUUGAACGGAGUCGAAUCAUCUACUAUCAUAUUGGUAAAAUUAUCAAUGAAAACGACGAAGAAAGACCGCCGAAAUCGGUAGCAUUAACAGAAUUUCAUUGUUUAAUGAUGUUUCCACACGAAAAUCAAAUCCGAGCUGUGUGCACAGUCAACGAGAAAAUCGUGAUGAUCGACGGAUCAAUGGCAAGUGGCACACCAGUUUGUUACGCACGUGAUCACAUCCGUGAUCAAUUAUGGGCGUGUACCGAUGAACAUGUUCUUCGCUACACAAUCAAAGAUGAACGUCGUGAUGUGUGGCGUGUUUUCAUGCAGAAGAACGAUUUUCAGAAAGCGUAUGAAACUUGUGCGAUAGCCGAUGAUGAUUUAGAAACUGCUCGUAGACAGCGUUCAAUCAAUUCUCGUCAUGCCGAUCAUCUGUUCAACGAAAAAAAAUAUACACCCUGUGCUAACAUUUAUGCUACAUCUGAUACAUCUUUUGAAGAUGUCACAUUGAAAUUCUUCGCAUUGAGGGAUAAAGAGCCACUUCGAGAGUACCUGCAAGCUGUUCUACUAAACCUCCAAGCAUCUGCGGAUAGCACACAAAUAACUAUCUUAACGCUAUGGUUAACUGAUUUGUUCCUGAAUGAACUUGAUGAAUUACGUCAAACGUAUUCGACAACAACGAAUCGACGCAAGGCAACAUCUACAACUGCCUCGUCAAGUCUUCAACCAAACGAAGAAAUUCUAGACGAAAAGGGUCGUAAGGACAAAUUCGAUGAAAUUCGUCGAAAAUUUCGAAAUUUUCUGAGUAAACGAGAAAUUCAACCGUGUCUAAGACAGCAUCGCUUAGCUAUGUAUGAUCUUCUUACAAGCCAUGGUGAUUUAGACGAUCUAAUUCUAUUUGCUGAACACGUUCAAGAUCACGAACGAGUCAUUCUACUCUAUCUCGAACGCGAGGAUUAUAAAAAAGCAUUGGACACACUCGAACCAUUGAAUAAUUAUCAACUUCUGUACAAAUAUUCUCCGACAUUAAUUGAAAAACUACCAGAACAACUCAUUACAGUUUGGCAGAAAAAAUACAAUGAUCAUUUUGAACCAAAGGAAUUAUUACCAGCAAUGAUCGCAUAUUCACGAGCAUUUCCAAAAGGUCAAGAAGUCUUGAAGUUCCUCGAAUUCUGUCGCUCAAGAAAUUGUACGGAGAAGUCUAUUCAUAACUAUCUUCUAUCGGAAUACAUCAAAUUCAAUCCAAGUAAAAUCAUGCUCUAUCUAGAAGGUCAAACUGCAGACCCAUUGGCGAUCACUUAUGAUCCAAGAUACGCUUUGCGUCUUUGCAUUGAUAACGAUCUUAAAGAAGAAAGUGUCUUUCUCUAUCGUUUGUUGAACAUGUAUGAAGAAGCAGUUGAUACUGCUCUACAGGUGGAUGUGAAACUAGCUGAAGAGUGCGCAUCGACUGCGCCCAUCAAUGACGAACGAACAAAGAAACUAUGGCUUAAAAUCGCCAACUCAGUUAUCACCCAAGGUCAUGAUCUCAAUGAAGUUAUGCAAAUUCUCGAAGACUGUGGCAACGAAUUGCUCAAAAUCGAAGAUGUGCUUCCUCUAUUCGCAGAUUUCGAAACCAUUGAUCAAUUCAAAAAACCGAUUAUUAAUUCCCUAGACCAUUACAACGAGCGUUUAACAUUCCUUCGAAAUGAAAUGAACGAUGCAUCAAAAUCCAUCGAUGAAAUCCGCGAUGAUCUUGCAAAAUAUCGUACACGAUGCGUAGCAACGAUUGAUUCCAAUGAAAUCUGUUCACUAUGCAGUCAACCUCUGAUGAUCCAAUCUAUUUUCUAUAUAUUCGCAUGUGGACAUUAUUUUCACGGUGAUUGUUUGUUUGGCUACGUUCGACGUAUAAUGGAACGAAAGGACAAACGAUCCUUGAAUGGCGCUGGUAGUGAAGCAAUAAACCAAUCCAAUCCGAGUAAAACUUCUGGUAAAACAACGAUACAGAAGGACAUCGAUCGAGUGAAUUACUUGCAAAGCAUUAUAGCAAGUGGUAGUGCUCCUCCGUCACGUGAUAUGGAAAGUGUUCAGCAAGAAUUGGACAAUCUUGUCGCUUCGCAAUGUAUCUUAUGCGGUGAAACAGCCGUUGAUUCUCUUGAUGAACCAUUGAAGGCGAUUUUAUAA